AUGAGGAAGAGAGAACGGGUCUCCUCCAGAGAAGAAGCCUUCACAGAUCUCUCCUUGGCAUUUCCCCCUGCGGAGGACCACCAGGUUGGACUUAUCAGCAGUGCGUUAAUUGGGUCUGGAGAAGAAACCGCUCCUGAGAUCUCUCAGUCAAGGAUCCAGACUCAAAGCAAGCUAAAGGAUUUGCCAGCUAGGUCAGGGAUCUUGAGGGCCCCUGAGGAGAAUCCUUCUAAGCAUGCACUGAAGGAAGUAGUCGGCUCAAACUUUGAAGAGACCUCUCUCCCCUUGGCGCCUGAAAGAGACGUCGUUGAUGUGAAACCCCUCAAAGAAUCUGACCUGGCUUUACACAAGGAAGCUUCUGGUUGUCGGGCCUCCAGAUCCGUUCCAGAUUUGAUAAAUUAUUUCUUAUCACCUGAGAUGCUCACCGCCGAGAACAGGUACCACUGUGAGAACUGUGCCUCCCUUCAAGAUGCCGAGAAGCUGACCGAGCUGACGGAGGGACCUCACUACCUCAUCCUCACCCUGUUGAGGUUCUCCUUCGACCUAGGAACGAUGAAAAGGAAGAAGAUCCUUGACAACGUCUCGGUUCCAUUGAUGCUGAAGCUGCCCGUCCUGGACUUUGCUUCGGUGGUGUACGAUCUCUGUAGCGUGGUAGUCCAUUCUGGGGUGUCCUCAGAAAGCGGCCAUUACUACUGCUAUGCCAGGGAAUGCAAGGAUGCGGCCAUGGAGAGCCUUUUUAAGGACAACGCUUGGAACAUGGCAAAGUCUACGGAUGUCGAGAUCCAGUGGUACAUCUUUAACGACACCAGGGUCUUCUUCUCGUCAUUUGAAUCUGUGAGCAACGUCACCUCCUUCCUGCCGAAAGACACGGCUUAUCUGCUAUUCUACCGACAGAGAGCAAGGCAGGCCUCGCACGGAGCCGGUCCGGAGCCCAGCUGGACAAACGGAAACUUACAUUCUCCGGAUAAAAACUUGAUGGACACCAUCGCCAAAGAUAACAUCUUAUUCUUGCAGGAACAAGAAAAGCAAGCCAGAAAUAGAAAGGCUUACAUUUCAGCUUUGCCUAAAUCUUCCGUUUGGUGGAAAGAUCUUGACAGAGAUGACCAUGAGGAUGAUGAAGGAGCUUCAGGGGGUUGCGGCCAUGAUCCCGGUGGAGGUGGAUCGGGGUCCUUUCACGGGCUGGUCUUUUAGCCCUGGUACCCAAAGCAGAUGGUUAAUCCUUCAACCAUCAGAUUAUGGGAUUCCUUCACCUUGAGUUUGUGGCCUUGGAAGUCUAACCAGGAUUGGAGGGAGACAAUAAUCCUUGUUUAUUCUUCCUCGAAACUAUGGAAAAUGUAUUCUGGAGCAACUGUGACCCGGGCGUCCUCAACCUGUCAUUAAAAGUGCACUUCCUGGAAGUAGGAGGAAGAAGUUGCCACACCUUCCAUUUUUUUGAGGCCUUCUAAGUCG